AUGCGUGUCUUCGUGCGCGAUGUUGUCGGCGACACUCGACUGGUGGAGUGCAGCCCUGACACCAAUGCUGGGGCACUGAAGGCCCAGGUCGCCGGGGCAGCCGCUGAGGAGCUCUCGCUCCUCUUUGGCGGCUCAUCGCUGUCGGAUGAAGUGCUGCUGUCCGAGUGCGGCGUCGAGGAGGAUUCGACACUCUUCCUGUCCGCCGGACUGUGCGGUGGUGGCAAGAAGCGCAAGAAGAAGACCUACACCAAGCCGAAGAAGAUCAAGCACAAGAGGAAGAAGGUGAAGCUCGCGGUGCUGAAGUUCUACAAGGUCGAUUCCAACGACAAGGUGACCCGGCUUCGCCGCGAGUGCCCUCACGAAACGUGCGGGCCUGGCGUCUUCAUGGCCAUGCACUUCAACCGCUACUACUGCGGCAAGUGCCACUUGACGUACUUGAUCAAGAAGGACUGCGGGGUGCCUCUACUUCCGGGUCUUCUCUACAUGGUCUGA